AUGGAAAAUACUGUAGUCUAAAAAGAACUUUGCUGUCAGUUUUUUGCUAAAGUUGAUGAUAAAUAAUACUUAAUACCCCUUAAGAAUCAAAGAGUCAAUGUGAGAGUGAUGAACUCAAUAGCUACAAUUGAGAUAAUUCAAACCUACUUCAAUGACACUUCAGACCCAUUAGAAGUCUUUCUAAAUGUGCCAGUUGAUCAGGAAUAUGGGGUAGGAAAGCUGAUUGUACAAAUUGAUGAAAAGAUAAUUGAGGGUAAGAUUCUUGAGAAGCAGAAAGCCCAGGAAAGGUAUGAUGAUGCCGUUGCAGCUGGCCACACUGCUGCUCUUGCUUAAGAAGAAGAGGAUAAGGAAGAAAUCAAGUUGAUUAUUGGUAAUUUACUGCCGGGAUAAAUGGCAAUAGUUCAUCUAUAACUCCUAAGUACUUUAAAAGUAGAGGCAGCUGCUUAUUGCUUAAGAUUGCCAAUACAUUAUUUCCCAGCAUUUUUUUUGGAAUAAAAUAGAUACACCUACUAGUUUAAUGCUGAUAUCCAGUCGAUCAGUCCUAUAACAUACCUUAGUUACCCAAGCGAAUCCAAAAUAGAUAAAACUGAAUCUGAUGAAAAGAUCCAUCAUGUCCAAAUUAGUAAAGAAGGCCAAAGUAUUUUGAGUCUUGAGAAUGAAUUGGUUGUUUACUUCAGAACCAGCGACAUGGAAAAGACUGUCUUGUAUUCUCAGGAAUCAGACAACCAUCCAGAUGAAGUUGCCUUGAUGCUUUCAUUUGUUCCAAGCUUUAUUUAAAAGACUGCAACUGAAGAGGAAUCUCACAACUCAUUUGAAGAAGUAGAGGAUGAAUUGCCAGAUCCUUAAUCAGUUCAACAUAUCAGUAUAGGGGACUGCAUGUAUAUUUUCAUAGUAGAUCAAAGUGGAUCAAUGGGUAGUGAUGAUAAAAAUACAAUCACUUGCCAGGCUUUAAUAUUAUUUCUCAAAUCUUUGCCACCUGGAUCAUAAUUUGAGGUUAUCCCAUUUGGAUCAAUUUUUAAAACUUUAUCAGGCAAGCCUGAAGGAUUUUAAUACAAUGAUUAAAACUUGAAUCAAGUCAUUAAUGAGAUAAACAAUUUUGAUGCUGAAAUGGGAGGCACUUCUCUGUAUGAGCCUCUAAACCACGCAAUUAAUGAUAUCAAGACUACCUUAAACAAAAGAAUUUUUAUGUUAACAGAUGGUGAAGUAGAUAACAAGCAAGUUGUAUUAGAUUUAGCUGCCUCAUGUCCUUUUGAUAUCAGAAUUCAUACCAUUGGGGUAGGACUUGAUUGUGAUGUUGAGCUUGUGAAACAAUGUGCAAUUCUAGGAAGAGGGUCUUUUAGCAUGGUUGCGGAGAAUAAAGAUCUUAAAAGUAUGGUGAUUACUGCCUUAUCAAGGGCAAAGGAUCCUUCCUACAGUAACUGCAAAUUCAGCCUAAAUCACACUCCAAUCAUUGAAACUAAUACUUUAAACUAUACUAUGGAGAGUAAGGAUACCUAUGAAUUAUUUGCAAAUGAAGUCUUCAUGUAUUAUAUCAUAAUACCCAAAGAAUUAUAACAUAGUUUCUCCUUAAAGCUAACUAGCGAUACUCAUCCUAUCUAAAACAAAGUAUUAAAUCAGGAGUGGGAUUAAAAGGAUUUCUAGCCAAUCGAAAGAGGAGAUGAAAUUUUUAAGAUAGCAGCGAGAAUGAAAAUGAAUUAGAUUAAUUAAGAUGUAUUUGGAUCAAGCAAUCGUUAUAAUUAGACAGCCAGAGAUAAGCAAAUACAGGAGUUAUCUUUGAAAUACUAAGUUUUAAGUAAAUUGACUUCUUUUUUAGCAGUAAGCAAAAAUGAUGAUUAAACCCUUGGAGAACUCAAGGUAACAAAGUUGAAUACAUUAUAAAAAAUAAAUGACUACGAUUAGAUGAGUCAAUAAAAUAACUACAAUUGCUUAUAUCAAUCAUAAAGUUAUACUUCCAAUUUCGGAAAUUUUGCAUUAUAAGGAGCAUAAUAAUAUGAUAUGUAAGAUUAUGCAGAAUCCGGAGCAUAUUAAUGCGCACUUCCUUAAGCAACUUUGAAUUCAUUCAAAUAUUCAUCUCCAAAAGCAGAAAAAAAGCAAAUAUCCUCAGGAGGCAUUAAAGGUUUCUUUAAAAAAAUUGCUGGGGUGUUUAAAAAAUAACCAAAGCCGUAACCAGAUAUGAGCUAUAGCCAUAAAGACUAAGAAUAUAUUGGUGAAAAAGAAUGUUACAUGGAAAAUGAGAUGAUGGAAGAAUUCUUUGAACCUGAAGUAGAAUCAAUGAGUAUGCCUAAGAAGUUCAGGACACUUAUCAAACUUAUAAUCUUAAACAAAGCUAAUCUAAAAGAUUAUAUACCCUCGAUGAAUUGA